GGGGGUUCCGUUCUAGUUGGUACAUUGGUCUCGUUCAAAUUCAUUGAACGUUAUUUUUAUCCAAGAAGGUUUCGUUCUUUUGACGUGCCAAUUGCAGGGAAGUAUGAUUCACUUUCAUGUAUGUACAGCUGAGGUAGCAAAAAAAUUGCCUUUAAAGGUAAGGAAUGUAUUUUCAAAAUCUGGUAUUUUGGUCUUUUCGAGUUUCCGUAUGUGCAACCGCAAUAAUAUUCCCCGAGUCUCGGAUACUUCUGAAAACAUCCAUGUUACUGGUCACGAGUCUGUUCAUCUACUGAAGAUGGAUCAAUAUGGGAGAUGUGAAAGCAGUGAUCAGCCAGAAGAAGAUCCCUCACUGCAUUGGAGUGAGGUUAAAGAGGAGGCUGAAGAAUGUCCAAUUUCAGCUGUGUUGUUAGGCGUUGAAACAUCCCAGGUUUGUCAAAAGGAGGACCCCGAUGAACAAGAUCCUUCCUUUGACACGGUUUCAGACAUACAUGGAGUCACAGAGCAGGAGUGUGGACAUAAAGGCAUGCCACAUCUAAAGGUGCCGCCUUCUCCAGUCCCAGUCAAAGAGGAGUCUGAAGAAUGCUCCCUUCUGCCAGUAGAUGAAGAGGAAGUUGCCCUAUUUACAGUGAAGGAGGAAGUUGCCCUAUUUACAGUGAAGAAGGAAGAGGAUGAAGACGGGUUGAAGUCAGAAGAUGAGGAUGUUGUGAAAGUGCCAGUGCCUUGGGAACCGUUGGAAACAUCAUCAUCAUGCGCCGAUACAGAGGAUACAGAGGACAGUGAGAUGGAAAGUGAUAAUGUGCAGGACUGUGAAAACCAUGAGCUUGAUGUUUCAAGAGGAGUGAAGAUUAAAGAUUGCAGUAGGACAUCAUUGGAUCCAGGGACGGUACCAGAUACAGAUGACAAAGCUAAUGCUGUUGAUUUCAGUGAGUACCAUUGGUUAGGUGGCUUUGAAGGGGGGUCCUCCUUCUACCCCUGCCCCCAUUGUGCAAUCGGCUUCACCAUAGAACGCUUUUUCCUUGGGCACCUGAAGAGGGACCACCCUAAAGAUUACAUUGAAAUGCUGAAGACUGGGAAAAUCAAAGCCUAUAAAAGAGGGAGUUUACGGGUGACCCCAGCCACAUGCCCGCAAUGUGGCAAGAGCUUCACCAAUAAAUAUGUUAUGCAAACGCAUCAGAGGACUCAUGCAGGGAAGAAAUCUCAUCACUGUGCAGACUGUGGGAAGAGCUUUGUCUACGCUGAUGCACUUAAAAGACACAGAUGGACUCACGCUGGUGAGAGCAUAUAAAUGCUCUCGAGUGUAGCAAAAGAUUCAGCGGACGAACCAGUCUGACCAGCCAUGAAAUUAUCCAUACAGGAGGGGGACCAUUUAAAUGCUCUGUUUGGGGAAAGAAUUCAAUCAGGGCGUAACUUAAAACGUCACCAACGAUUCUGUGUAAAGACCGAGUAAACAGAAGAAGUGAGUAGGUGUCAGAGGAUUGCAAUAAAGAACAUAUUAUAAAUAUAUAAUAAUGUAACUGAUGUAAUACACUGCCACCUAAUUAAGUAUGUUAUUGGUCUAGUUGAAAAUGUAAAACAUUCAAGACAGGCCUUUUCCUUAUCUGACGUAGGAUUCAUGUAAAUGUAUGCCCAGCAGAUGGCAGUAAAAUACAUUUUAAAGGAAAAUAAAAUAUUUUAAAAUUG